AUGGGUCUAUUCGGCCACAUGCGCAUCCACGAGAGCGGCAUUGACCGCAAUUCCGAUACAGCCACGACAUCCAACACGCCCAGACCCAUCCUCGCCCCACCGUCACACGCGCCGACCAUCACCACCGCCACCACCAACACCACUGUUUCCUCUACAGCUGACACCGACACCGCCGACCUCUCAUGCCCACAUUGUCCACGCACCUUCACCUCACGCAUCGGCCUGGUCGGUCACUUGCGAAUCCAUCGCACAGAGACUGGCGAACCAGUGCCUGGAGCAACAACCUACACCCACCGCACUCGCCUCCACUGCCCACACUGCCCUCGCACCUUCACGCAUCGCAUGGGUCUAUUCGGCCACAUGCGCAUCCACAACGACCUGCGGUAG